AUGGUGAAAAACGGCCCAGAUUGGGACGGAUCAUCCAGCUCGUCACCUUUGCUGCCUUGUCUCUGCCACUCAAACUCGGCCUCCUACGCGCCGAGGCCCGUUGCCCUCCCCAAAUCGACACCGUGAGCUUCGACACCCCAACUCGACCGCCCGUGAUCGUACCGCCAACACCUCCAAGGCUCCCUUCGUUCGAGCUGUCUUCUCCGACCACGCCCAGUGCGAGUCUGCGCAUCAAGAACAAGGUCAAGGGCUUCAGCGAGGGGCUUCUGCAACGCCGCAGUCGAGGGGAGCAGUCUGAUGGUGCCUCGACCCCGAGGACGGGAUCCCGCAAGAUGCCUGGAGAUUUACCACUGCUCGAGGACCUCAGGUCACAAUCGCUUGAUCUUGGCGAGCGACGCAGUUGGGACAUCUUACGAGGCAUGACUCUCGGCAGAUUUGGUACGGACAAGAAAGAGGAGAUGCUUCUGGCAGCUUCUCCUGCUGUGGCGGAGGGACCGAGACGCCGAAUGUCGAUCGAUUCCAGCCAAUCAUCAAUGCGAUGGAGACAUGUUAUUUUUAAAGUCGAACUCGGAAUCGACGUCUCAUUCAUUUUCUACUACUUCCAAGGCCACGACAUCCAAGUUCACAUCCUCCACCUUCAUCUCCACCUUCAACUCGACUGA